AACAGUAUAGACACUUUUGGGCUGUUUGGCUCUGGGACAUUCUGUAAAAAUGUCUUCAUCUCAGGACAUAUGCAAGUGCCUCGCUUUCCUGGCGAGCAUAGCCGUUAUCCGGUGUGCUCCAGAAAUACAGUUCGACUUUGGCAAAGUUCAAGGCGUUGACAGCCAAGCCCAGGACACCAGUCAGCCCUACGAUGCCUACUACGGUAUUCCUUUCGCCGAGCCACCCGUAGGCAACAGGAGAUUCCAACCCCCAGAGCCUUACCAAGGCCGUGACCCCACAAGGGUCAUCUCCUCGGACAGGUGAAGAUGAUUAUCUUACUUGUGUGUGAUCAGUGGGGUUGUUUUUUUUUUGUUUAUUCAUCCGUUUGAAGAUUUGUAAGGUAGAAUUUUUCUUGUUUGACAGUGUGGGUUGGUUAGUAAGUUCAGUAUAGAUCUAAUAAUAAUUAUUAUUUAGUUAUAAUUUGUUUGACCAUUUGUUUCUAUGUUGGUUAAUCAUUUUGUUACUAUUAAAAUUAGUAAGCUAGUUCAUUUGUCAGUUAUAGUUGGCCUUAUGUUUGUGGGGGAAAAUUCUAAAGAAAACGAUAAAAAAGUCAACUUGUGAUCUCAAGUCUAUAUCCAAAAUAAGCACCACCAGACAACUAAAGCGAGUCGUCUAAGGUCCUUCAACAGGUAAUAAAACAUGUUACCACCUGUAACCUCAAUAUUAUACCUUAUCUUAUCCCCUCUUAAUGUAAUCUUACGUUUUUAAAACAGUUUUAAUAUACAAUUAAAUGACAUCUAAUAACAAUAAUAUGAUUAUUAUGAUUUUACAUAAUAAGCUUAUUUAAAACGGAGUCUUAACGUUGAAGUUUGAGUUUCUUCUCCUCCCCUCACACACAAACUUCCGUCCCCACCAAAUUCGUUUUUAAAGCCACCCUCUCCUCCAAUACCAUGAUCCUUUUCUUUCCCCGAAACC